AUGCCUUCUCCUGCCAUCAACACACUCCUGUCGAGUAACGCCGCCGUCGCCAGCUCUAAUUACACUGCUCCACCAACCUUCGCGCAAUUCGGCGAAGCGAUGAAAACCGCGGGUCCCGACUCUGCGCGACUCUGCAUCGUGACAUGCGUCGAUCCACGCUGCGACGCCAACCAGUUCUACGCCUUACCCUCCCACCCCAAGAUCUUCAGCAUCGUGCUCCGCAACGCCGGCGGCUCUCCCCGCAAGGCACUGCCCGAUAUUCUCGCCAUUGACACUCUUGUGCACUUCACGGACCUGCUGGUCGUGCGCCACACGGACUGCGGCUCGUUGAUCUUCCGUGACAAUGACAUCAGGGCGGAGCUGAAGGCGCGCUUGUCGUCUUCGUCGGCCAACGAAACGAUGUUGGGGCAGGAGCUGGAUGGGAUGUGUUUUGGCGAGUGCACGACUUCGGCGGCGGAGAUGUGCAGGGAGGAUGUCCAGUGGUUGAAGAACAACGUCUUGGUGAGAGAGGACUUGAGGGCUGGAAUCUGGGGUGGGGUCUUCGAUUUAAGUACUGGCAGAGUCGAGGGCGUGGCGUGA